AUGGGAUUAGAUUUGCCUUUUAGUUCAGGAGCAGAACUGACUGAGAUGUUGAGUAGUAAUGUUCCAGUUGAUCAAGUUAUUCACAAGUGUUUUGUUGAAGUCGAUGAGGAAGGGACUGAAGGUUUUGCUGCUACCGUUAUAAGUAGGUGUAAAGCUUCUAAGGGUGGCCCUCCACCACCACCACCACCAGUUGCGGAUUUUGUUGCAGAUCAUCCUUUCAUGUUUAUCAUCCAAGACAAGACUACCGGGGUUGUGUUGUUCACCGGAUACGUUCUUAAUCCCUUGCUAUCCUCUUGA